AUGCAAAAACGCUUAGGUUUUCCAGACAGUUCUUGUCUGAGUUUUGCAAUAAAGAUAUGGGUUCUUCUAGAGGGGUAUCUGGAUCCUGAUAAGCUGAAGACUAACAUAUCUCAAGUCACAGACUUGGCUGAUUUCAAACAUAUUCUCAAGGACGAAUUCGAAUUGUUAAAAAAAGUCAGACCGCAAAAUAUCGUAUUUCUAAAUAAUAACAACAUACCUCUUUUACCGAAUACUUGCUUACAAACUCUGGCAGACAGUACAACUGCUAAAACACCACUUAUUGUUCAUUACCCCCUCUCAAAUGCAAAUAGCAAAUGCAAAAUACCGCAUACCAGUGGUUCCUUAAGUUUAUUACGAGAAGAAGUUGUAAAAAGAUUUAAGGAGUUACAGACAAAAGAAUUUUACUUUUUCAAUGAUGAAACAAAAGAUGAGAUUCGAAACGAGUAUAGCUUUAAUGUCCUAGUAUCUCAGACCGAACCAAAUGGUAACGACUAUAAUCUUAAGCUAAAAGUCAAAGUCGAAGGUAAAAAGUCUUAUAGCAAUUGGGUCCUUAAGGAUGUGUUUAAAGAAAUAUUAGGACAACCAGAUUACGUAUCUCUAGAACACCCAUUUUCUGAGAGCGAAUUAAAAAUAUUUAUCAAAGAACUUCAUACAAUUUUUAAUGCAUUCCACAAAGAAUUCAGUACUAAUGAACCAACUGCCCAUUUGAGCAUAGAAAUACCGCUGGAUGGAAGUCGUGGGUAUGGCUCUGUAGACUAUAUAGUGGAAAUUGGUAGAAUUUUGGUGCUGUUGUGUGAAGCAAACUCUGAAGAUAUGAACAAAGGAACAGCUCAG